AUGGUCAAUCACUACCGUCAGCUGCUUGAUGGGGAAUCCCCUCCUCAAUUUCCCAUCAAUCUUGAUGGCAAGGCUGGAAAUCCAAUUGUUAGAUUUGUUAAGGUUGCUCUUGUGGCAGAAAAGCCCGUCGAAACUGCGAAGGGUUCAAAGUCUAUCCAAUGGUGCUUCAGAAAGAUGUGCCUCUAUUACAUUGAUAGAAAUCGAGGCUGGGAUCCCCGGUUCGACACGGCGAUUCUCGAAAAAGGUGGCCUGCUCGCAGCUCUCGAAGAAGGAGAUCCAGUUCUCGACUGGCCUCUCGCCGACGGAGAGGUUAUCGAGUCCAAAUCGAUGCCUUCGAAAACCCCUCGCAAGGAGACCGCAGAGUCCUCGCCUGGCGGGUCUGGCCCUGCUGCUGCGACGCGUUCGAAAGCUGGCAAGAUCACGACGAACUUCACUCCUCCUCCGUUCGCGUUGAAAACGAAUGUGCCUUCUGAUGGUAGCUACAAUACCUUUGACCUCCUUCGGUUUGGUUAUUUCGUGGCUGACGAGUUGGGGGUAGUUCACCGUCGUUCUGGCACCGUUCCCCUCGCUUCCGAGAAGAUUGGGUCUUCUUCCGCCGGUCCUUCGGACUUGAAAAAGGUUAAUACCUUUCCUAUCGGGCCGCGAGAAAUGAGGAUUAUGAGGGCGCGGUAA